AUGGAAUACAAACCCGAUUCUAAUAUCAACGGCUUGCAAAAGACAAACACAAAUGAUGGCCCAAGUAAACGCCGAAAAACGGCUCAAUUUGACGUUGAUCAGUCACCCAACGAUGCGCCAGAAGAUAACCGGGUUGUUGUACCCACUAAUGAAGACGUCGGAGAAGUCGGGGAUGAACAGUUUCAGGAUGAGGACCCUCUAUCAGAUGAUGGGCAUGAGGAGGGCUUCGAUGACUCUGAUUAUGUGGAUGGGUGUUCCGACGACUCCGACCAAGAAUCCAAGGAUCCAGGUAUCAUCGACAUAGAAGAUGACCAGGAGCCAGACGAUGACAAGACUCCCCCUUACUUGUCUGGUUCAGGGACUGAUGAUGAUGAUGAUGAUGAUUCUAGUUCAUCUAACUCCGACGCUUAUGGUCACUCUCCCUGA